GGAAAAUCAAAAAUUAUGAAUUAUCUACUCCAGUGCUGAAAAAUCCAAGCAUUCGGUCUGCCUAAAACCCCAGUGCUGAAAUUUCUGGGUUUUGUGAGAAAAUCUCAAUCCAUGGUUUCAUUGUCUUUUACACAGUUUUCUUUGGUUCCCAGAAUAUGCAGGUGGGACUUAAAUGUUAGUUCCUUCCCAUGUAUGCACUUAGUGAAAAUUCAGGAGUAUAGAGUAAAUAAAAAGGGACUGUUAGCUGUCUCAAGAAACAAAGUUAGUGACUCAAUACCUCUGGAGAUAUCAGAUGGAGAAGCAGGAGUUGUAGAGGAAAAGACUCGUAAAACGAGAAAACGAGCUUCUGCAAGAACCAGGAAAAAAGUAGUGGAGAGUGCGGAUGAGAAUCCUUUAGACAAUGUCAAGGCUAUACAUGAGGAAAGUGUAAUUGCUUCAGCUUCAACAGAGAUUUCAAGGAAGUCUAGUGCCAGAACUCAGAAAAAAGAAAAAAAAAAUGCAAAAUUUUGUGCAUGCACUUACUCACCAACCUCCGACACCUCAGAUGAAGCACCGGCCAAGACUACAACAAGGCGAAGAGUGUCCAAGAAGGAAAAACCCAAAACCAUCGAGCCCGAACUCUCGAAUAUCGACGAGAACCCGUUUUCUCCACCGUCUAACGAACAGAGUGAAUGUGACCUCGAACUCAACAUCGACAAUGCAGAGGACAUAAGCUUCACUUACGGGUGGCCACCAUUAGUCUGCUGUUUUGGGGCAGCCCAGAACUUGUUCUUGCCCGCGGGCCGACGGGCCAACAGGCUCAUCGACCACGAAAUUCACGAGCGAAAAAAGGAUGUCCUUUGGAUGCCUGAGAAGUUCGUCCGAGCUUCGGGUGGGUGCUCGAGCAAUGUGGCUGUGGCCCUCGCUAGCUUGGGAGGUAAGGUUGCAUUCAUGGGCAAGCUUGGGAAAGAUGCCUAUGGCCAGUCCUUGCUUUAUUUCUUGAAUGAGAAUAAUGUGCAGACGAGGUCUGUGCGUAUUGACAAGGAUCGAGCAACGGGAGUUUCGAGGAUGAGAAUUUGGGAGAGAGAUGGUUUGAGGGUGGGGGGUGUGAGGCUUUGUGCGGAGGAUUGUUUGGCUCGGUCAGAGAUUAAUAUUGAUGUGUUGAGAGAGGCAAAAAUGUUCUACUUCAACUCAUUCAGCCUCCUUGACCGAAACAUGAGAUCGACCACUUUACAAGCCAUCAGGAUUGCGAAAAAGCUCGGUAAUGUUGUCUUUUACGACCUCAACCUCCCAUUGCCACUCUGGCAAUCGUUUGAAGAAACGAAUGCAUUCAUACAGGCUGCAUGGGAUUUGUCUGAUAUUAUCGAGGUCACCAAACAAGAGCUUGAGUUUCUUUGUGGGAUAACGCCGUCCGAAAAAUUUGACACGAAAGAUAAUGAUAAAUCCAAAUUCACUCAUUAUGCACCCGAAAUUGUGAAACAGCUAUGGCACGAAAAUCUCAAGGUUUUGUUUGUGACGAAUGGAACUUCUAAGAUACAUUAUUACACAGAGGAAAAUGAUGGUUUUAUGCAUGGAGUGGAGGAUGCUCCUAUCACACCUUAUACAUCCGACAUGUCAGCAUCUGGAGAUGGUAUUGUUGCAGGUCUUCUGAGAAUGCUGACUGUGCAGCCGCAUCUCAUUUCCGACACAGGAUACUUGGAAAAAUCGAUUAAGUAUGCGAUUAGCUGUGGAGCAAUAGAUCAAUGGCUGCAGGCCCGAAGGCUCGGAUACCCAGCGAAAGAAGGUAUGGAGGAUGUCGAACCUGAUCCUCACGGCAUAAAAUCAGUUACCGAAAAGCAAUACAGAACAUUAGUGCCUUCAAAAUCAUGAAGAGAAAGAAGACAUUAAUGCACAGAUUCAAUGUGUUGUGAGAUGUGUGAAAAACUGCUGACAGCCCUUAUGGUAAUGAACAUUUUUAAAGAUGUUUCAUUUAUCAUAUGAAAUUGUAGUCCUAGUGAGGAGCAUUGUAGUUAUAGUCGAGUCUGCCUGUGAAGACUCGAGCCUCGAAUUAUCUGUUGUCAUCAUAUCUUAUGCUCGAAGAUUUUUGUGUACCUUGUAAGUUGUCUUAAGAAUCCUUUUCCAGUUAUUAGACGUUCCAGUGCUUUUGUAGUUGAGUGGAAAAUUGUGUGGUUUGAAUUUAUAUGCAUGAUUUAUAAGCACGUUUUGCGCAAAAUUUAACAUUUAUUUUGCGCUGAAUAAAUACAUGAAUUAUAGGAACUUUUUCCUUUUGGG